AGAGAGAAGGCCUCCUCCCUACAUAAACAAAGCCUCGGGAUUCCAAAUCCAAAUUUGCAGCCAUAACUUUGCCACGCACAGUUAUUUGGAGAGAAAAAUGGCGAAGGCCAUGAUAGCAUCUCAACCUUUGCUCUCCAACCACUCCUUUCCGGUGAUUAAACCCUACACUCUAACUUCCCCCCUCUCUCCUUUCCGUUUCUUCAGACCACAACAACCACUGCUCUCUCCUUUAAUCUCCACCACCACUCCCUUCUCACUCUCACCCAAUCGCCGGAAUUGUUCUCUUACCCGCCCUGCCGCUCGCAGGAAACCCACAUUCGUUGAUUCUACAGACUUUUCCAACGACGGUGAUUCCAAUGUCCGACGGUUGCUUCAAGUUCUGCUCUGGGGUGCUGAGGCUGUUUACAUUUUGUGGCUAUUUCUCCUUCCUUAUGCUCCGGGAGAUCCUGUGUGGGCAAUCAGUUCAGAAACUGUGAAUUCUCUUCUGGGUCUUUCUCUGAAUUUCUUCUUUGUAUUGCCUGCUAUGAACUCUGUGGGCAUUCGUUUGAUUGAUGCUCCUGUUCUUCACCCAAUGUCUGAGGGAUUGUUCAAUUUUGUUAUCGCAUGGACGCUCAUGUUUGCUCCCCUGCUGUUCACGGAUCGAAAGAGGGACCAAUACAGUGGUUCAUUAGACUUAUUGUGGGGCUUUCAGAUGUUCCUUACGAACACCUUUUUGAUACCUUAUAUGGCUAUCCGGCUUAAUGAGGCUAGUGAAGACUCUGCCCCACAACCGCAGUCGAAGCUGGGCACUUUGAUGACCAAUGGAGCUCCUGUCGUUGGCGUGAUCGGUGGUGCAAUGUGCAUCAUAUCGAUAAUAUGGUCGUUCGUUGGUCGAGCGGAUGGUAACUUUGGAGGUGUAGCAGAGAGAUGGGAGUUCUUGAUCCAAUAUCUAUCUUCAGAGAGGUUAGCUUAUGCUUUUAUUUGGGAUAUUUGCCUUUACAGUGUAUUCCAGCCUUGGUUGAUUGGAGAAAACCUUCAAAAUGUUAAGGAGAGCAAGAUUGGAGUUGUAAGUUCCCUUAGAUUUGUCCCUGUGGUUGGCUUAAUUGCCUAUCUUCUUUUUCUCAAACUUGAUGAGGAAUUAUAAUUUCUGCUUGCAUGUAACAACAACUAAAAAUUAGAUAAAUAUGGGUUAUUUGUUAAAAGACAAUUUAGGCCAAAGUACUUCCGUUGAUAUCA